AUGGCGUCUCAACAUUCGAGGAGAUCACGCGAGCCCCCCCGCCCAGAAAUGUCCAUCGGUCGCUAUACUCGACUCGAUGAGAUCGGGCGAGGUAGUUUUGCGACGGUCUAUCAAGGUGUCCAUACAAAAACGAAAACCUAUGUAGCUAUCAAGUCCGUGAACUUGUCGAAGCUUAACAAAAAGCUCAAAGAAAACCUUUCGUCCGAGAUCGAUAUCCUCAAGGGCCUUCAGCACCCACAUAUCGUGGCCCUGAUCGACUGCCAUGAAUCAACAUCUCACAUUCACUUAGUAAUGGAAUACUGUGCGCUGGGGGAUCUAUCUCUGUUCAUCAAGCGCCGAGAUACUCUCGGAUCACAUAAAUACACUCGGGAUAUGAUUGCGAAGUAUCCAAAUCCACCCGGCGCCUCGCUCAAUGAGGUGGUUACCCGGCACUUCCUCAAACAACUGUCAAGCGCACUGAAAUUCCUUCGUGACCGAAACCUCAUCCAUCGAGAUAUCAAACCACAGAAUCUCUUGCUGUGCCCAUCACCUUCGUCGUAUCGGAGUGGGAAUGCCCAAGUGAUUCCCUAUAAAGGCAGUGAUGACUCUUACGAACCCACGACGGGGCUCGAGUCUCUCCCUAUGCUUAAAAUCGCAGAUUUCGGCUUCGCUCGAUCUCUACCAGCCACUUCACUUGCAGAGACCCUUUGUGGAUCUCCGUUGUACAUGGCACCCGAGAUUCUUCGGUAUGAGAAGUAUGAUGCCAAGGCCGACUUGUGGUCGGUAGGUACUGUGCUAUAUGAGAUGGUGGUGGGCCGACCCCCGUUCCGGGCUACAAAUCACGUUGAGUUGCUACGAAAGAUUGAGAAGGGAGAAGACCGAAUCCGCUUCCCUGAAGAUAACCCCGCAUCAGACGACAUCAAAAGGCUGAUCCGAGGCCUUCUGAAACGGAACCCAGUGGAGCGAUUGAACUUCCCCGACUUCUUCAACAACAAUGUGAUAAAUGAUCCGAUUCCUGGCUUGGUGGCAGAUGAUGCCCCAGGGCCACCACAAUCGCCACGGCCGAGGCAGCUUGUCGCAAAGGCCGAAGAUUCCCCUUAUGAUACUGGCCCUGAGGACAAAUUUGCAUACCCCCCCGGUCAAAGACCUGUUGCAACGCGUCAAAAAUCAGGAACGCCCCCGACCGCUACGCACAUGCGCCGUGUGGGAAGCGCUGACCGGCCUGCUUCAGGGAUUGCUAGGGAGCACCAACCGGGAGGUACACCACCUCAAAGGCCUGGUCCUGUCAGCCUUGCCACUGCUCCAGGACGCCAGGAGCUCAUCGAUCGCAACGCAACCACCGCGGCCAUGGAUCGGCCGAGAAAUCGGAAUACCUACGCUGGCUCUCCUAAAUCGAGUGACUCAACAGCUCGUGCCCAGGAAGCACGGGACCGCGCUGCACAAGAAGUGGCGUUUGAGAGGGACUAUGUUGUGGUUGAGAAGCGGGCCGUGGAGGUCAACGCCUUUGCAGAUGAACUGGCUCAUAGCCCACGCCUUCAAGGCGGGCUUUCCCGACCAGGGCAAACUGGCGCCGGGAGCCGUAGGGCAACAACGCAGGGCAUACCUACGGUAUCACCAUCUUCUCCGCAUGCGAAUGCGGCUAAAGCCAUGCAGGUUGUCUCGGGUCGUUCGCGAGCAGACUCCGUACACCAGCGUCAGCAUUCCUACGAACGACGUUACGGGCAAAGUCCUACGUCAGCGACCUCGGCAAUCUCGAAAGCACUCAACAUGGCCAGCGGUCGUCUGUUCGGAAUGGGCUUCUCUCCUCCCCUUGCCAUCACCAAAGGUGGGCGAUCUCCGCCUCUAGCCUACAAUCCUUUCCCCGCCUAUCCCCCUGCACAUGCUAGUCUUUUGAUCACUGGAGACGGCUCCAAACCCAACGCAACUGUCGACGAAGAUUGCAAGGCAGUCCAGGCAAUCGAGGAAUGUGCUACGCGUAGUGAUGUUGUCUUCGGAUUUGCUGAGGUCAAAUAUAAGCAGCUAAUCCCGCUAGCACCUUCGGCGCCGACUGACCCAUCUGCGCGACCUAUGGACACAAACAUUGAACCAAACUCUGCCGAUCCCGAUGACGGUCUGACAGUCGAUGCCAUCGUUACAUUGUCUGAGGAAGCUUUGGUACUAUACGUCAAGGCUUUGUCGUUACUUGCAAAGUCAAUGGACAUCGCUGGAGCUUGGUGGUCGCGCAAGAAUCGGGAAGAGGUCUAUGGGGAGUCUCCUACCAAAGACAGCAUGAGCGCAGUGGCCGGUACCCGGAUCAACUAUGUUGUGCAAUGGGUGCGCAGUCGGUUCAAUGAAGUUAUCGAAAAGGCCGAAUUUGUGCGCCUAAAGCUCAUUGAGGGACAACGGCGAUUGCCACCAGAUCACCCUAGCCAUCCGGAUAACCAUUCCACUGGCUCUACCGUAGGCUCAAGCUCAACCACUGACGUAGUGGUGAGCUCUGGCGUCACGGCAGAGAGGCUGAUGUACGACCGCGCACUAGAGAUGAGCCGGGCGGCUGCCAUCAAUGAAUUGACCGGCGAAGAUCUUGCCAACUGUGAGAUCACAUACGUUACUGCGAUCCGUAUGCUCGAAGCUGUGCUUGAGGAUGACGGAAUGCGAUCGAUGCCCGGUAGCAAUCUUGAACGGCAAAGCGGUUCGCAACCUGGUGACAAGGUCAUUCUGGACGAGUUGCAGGCGGAGGACCGGCAGGUCGUUGUCAAACUCGUAUCUAGUAUGCGUGGCCGCCUCGCCUCUGUUCGGAAGAAGGUAGCUGUUCUAUCCAAGCGAUCCUCGGUGCCGACUCCGACAGUGGGCAGCGCAGGCAAACCUACAUCUACCAUUUCUCCUGUUGCAUAUUCCACGGGGGUGACACCGCCCAGAUGA